UGUAAGAUAGAAGACUUGUAGAUUCACCAAGGAGGCGCUGACAUCCCUAAUUUAUUUGGCAACCACCAAGCACAGUCGAAUUCAAAGAAAAAAAACGGUAAAAAGAUUCGACCUUUUCACCUUCUUUGAGGUUUGGAUUUCCUCAUCUUCAUCCCCUUUUCACCACGCGCUUGAAGUAUGGCGAAUGAUGCAGAAGAUUUCGCUCAAUUCGGGAUUUCAAAGGAGGAAAAGGAUAAGCUUGUUGGGGAAGUGAUUAGGUAUGUGCUUUUCAAAACCCAUCAUACUUCAGGGUGCCCUAUUAAGAGAGAGGAACUCACUCAAGUCGUUACGAAGAACUACCAUCAGCGUAGCCUUCCUGCCUUUGUUAUCAAUGAAGCUAAGGACAAGCUUUCCUCCGUAUUUGGGUAUGAAAUGAAGGAGCUUCAAAGGGCACAACCUUCAUCCAAAGCCCAAACUCGGGCAUCCCAACAGAGUGGGGCAGAUCCAAAAUCAUACAUUCUCAUAAGUCAACUUCCUCCUGAUGUAUAUGAAAAAUAUGUUGUGGAUGCGAAAACUGCUCAUCUAUCUGGAUUCACUUUUGUCGUGAUUAGUAUUGUACAUCUUGCUGGUGGCAAAAUUCCAGAAGACAUUCUAUGGAGCCAAUUAAGGAGGAUGGGUUUGGCCUUGGGUGAAAAUGAAGGAAGUCAUCCAGUCUUUGGAAAUGUUAAGCAGGCAUUGGAACUUCUUGUUCAGCAAAGGUAUUUACAGAAAGACAAAGUUAAUGGUCCUGAAGGCAAUACCCUAUAUUAUGAGCUAGCUGAGAGAGCUUUAGAUGCACCCAUGAAUGACAGGGUGAAGGAAUACAUCUCUCAGGUAGUGUUUUUGGAUAAUCCUAUUAUUUUACUUGUGUCUAUCUGAAACAUGUUUCUCUUGCAGAUUGUACAGGAUAAUACUACAGUGGAUGCUGCCUAAGAGCUAGUUCUUCGUUCUCUCAACUGGGAUAUAAUUAUGCUGAUAAAAAACAAUAGUAGAGAAAUAGAGAUGAGAUCAUGGUUCCAAUUGAUUACUAACUUUAAGCCUUGAACUCUUCAAGAAUCUCCAUCUAAAUCCUGUCUUCAGCGAAAUGUGCAGGUGUUAAGAUUUAGGUUCAGAUUUGUCAAUGAUGAAAGUUUUGUAAAUUUGAAGCUGAUUGUGUAUAUAACAAAGGUUAAGUUUAAUCUUAUUUUAUGUA